AUUCUUGUGAUAUGUACAGAGCAUGUUGUGCAAAUGGCAUUUGCAACAUUUAUAAUUUUCCCAUUUGUGGAUGUUUGGAUAAGUUUCUUCCCAGAAACCAAGAAGAAUGGAACAUGGCAGAUUAUUCUGGAGGAUGUGUUCGGAGGAGGGGCCUGCACUGCAACAAUGGAACAGAUAUAUUUGUGAAGUAUCCUGGCAUUAAAUUGCCAGAUACAAAGUACUCCUGGUAUGAUGAGACUAUGACACUCCAAGAGUGCGAGCAAGUUUGCUUGAAGAACUGCACUUGUACUGCUUAUUCAAGAUUGGAUAUCAGGAAUGGGGGAAGUGGCUGUUUGCUCUGGUUCGGGGACUUGAUUGACAUUAGAAAGCUAUCUGAUAGAGGUCAAGACAUAUAUAUCAGGCUUGCAUCUUCUGAGCUAGAUAAGAAUACAACUCAUGGAUUCUUGAAUGUUUCUGAUGUAGGCUCCAAAAGGAAACGUGGUAAAAAGUUGGAACUACUUGCAACCAGUUUGUCAUCAGUUAUUGGAUUAAUUCUCGUAGGGCUGAGCUUGAUGUUCUGUUUGUGGAGAAAGAAGACUGAAGUACUGCAUGAUAAUGAAUUUGAGCUACCAAUUUUUGACUUUCCUACCAUAGCUAGAGCUACCAACAACUUUUCAGCCAACAACAAGCUUGGACAGGGUGAUUUUGGGGGAAAUCAAAUACGUUUUGGCCUUUUGGUAAGUAAAUUUAUAUAGAAUAGCUAAAUUAUAUUUUAUUAGUUAACUUAUUUAGUAAUUUGAUUAAUUAAAUUAUUUUGUAGGUAUUUGAAGGAAAUUCGUACUCUACCAAUGAAAUAGAUGGGAUUCGAGACUUAUGAGCAAAAUAUUUUUUGGAAGAGUAUGUAACUUUUGUUAUAGAUUAUAUGUUAUAUUGUAUUGAUAUAAAGUAUUGUAUUGAUAGUAUAUUGGUUGAGUGUUGAUAAUAUUGUGU